AUGCAGUUCAAGCUCUCCCUCGCCACCCUUGCGCUCGCCGCCGCCUCGCUCGUGUCGGCGGCCAACGAGAUCAACCACGACCAGGUGCAGUCGUUCCCGCAGAUCAACCCCACGUCGGCCAGCGACCGCGUUGCGAUCCGCUUCAACCCGUCGCUGCAUGUCGGCAACGGCUGCUACCCCUACGCCGCCGUCCAGGCCAACGGUGACUGGUCCGGCGGUCUCGCCCCUACUGGCGCGCCUUCGGCCGCCUGCAAGGACCAGACCAAGCCCGGUCAGGUCUACGUCCGCUCCAAGUGGUACCGCGGCAAGUGGGCCAUCGUGUACUCGUGGUACUUCCCCAAGGAUGUCGUCAGCUCGGGCAUCGGACACCGUCACGACUGGGAGGGUGCCAUCGUCUGGAUCGACAACCCGGCCGCCGCCAACCCCAAGAUCCUCGGCGCCUCCGCCAGCGCGCACGGUCACUGGCGCAACUACGUGCCCGUCCCCGGUGCCGACCGUGACGGCGACACUGUCAAGAUCCAGUACAGCGCAGAGGGCAUCAACUCGCACGCCAACGACCUGACUGACAAGGGCGGUCGCCGCUACCCCGUCAUCACCUGGGAGGCGCUCCCCGACAUUGCCAAGCGCGGCCUCGACGGCCACUCGUGGGGCGACGCCAACCCGCUCAUCAUCGACGCCAACUUUGACAACAACCUCGCCAAGGCCUACCCCUUCUCGUCUUAG